CAUGAAUCUUUCAGUUGACUAACGUUUGUCAACAAUACACGUACUUUAACAAGAAAUAACAAGAAAUAAAUGAGAGGAAUCGUUAUUCGUUUUUGAGUUCAUAAUCAUAGUUUAUCAAUAAUUAUAAUAUAUCAAUAAUAUUUCCAUCAAUUAAAAAUAAUUUUAAAAAAAUCUUUCAUUCUUUUUCUAUUUUUAAAAAUUAUAAUUUUUUAAGAAUUUUAAGUGAUUAGAAAUAUUUUCUAUUAAUUUUAAAAAAAUUUAUGCAACAUGGAUGCAAUAAUCGCUAGAAAUAUAAUCGAAUUAGCUGGAGCUAUGAUGGAAGAAUUCGAAUCUGUAUGGACUAAGAUAAAUAAAAUAGAUCCUAGCCAAGUCAAUUAUCGCAUAAUGAAAUUAUACUUGAUACAUAUAAAAGAGCAACGAAAUUUGAUCGUCAAAGCUAUUUCUUUUGAUUCCCAUAAUUUUCCAAAUCUUCUCACUAUAAGAAAGUGUUUCUUGCAAAAAUUUAUUGAAUUUGUACCUGCAGUACAAACAUAUUUGAUAAAAUUCAAGGAAUUUGAUAUAGACCAAGUAAAAAUAAUUGAAGCAAAAUCUUAAGAAUAAUGAAAGUGAUAAUUCUUUAAAAUUAAAAAAAUUUUUUCAUUUCAUUGCUAAAAAUAUAUUAAACUUGUUUUCUUUUAGAUUCAUUUCUUCUUAAAAAUAUUCUAUUUCGAUUAAAUAUUAUCCAUUAAAUAUUAAAUUACUCAAAUAAUAUUUUUCACAAAUCAUUUAAUUCAAAAAUUAAUAUCAUUUUAUAUAUUUUUAUACAUAUAUUAAUUUAUAAUUUCUUCAAUUCUUGCAAUAAAACAUGAUGUUGUUUUUUA